UCGCAGCGAAGGGUGUCGUGGAUGGGCGAGUGAGGCGGCGGCGGCGGCGGUAGGGCGGCCGAGCAGGGCGAGCGUCGUAGGCGGGGCGGGGGUGGGUUUGUGGAGAAGGGCGGUGGUGUGAGGGGCUGGGCGAUGUCGAAGAUACACAGGCUGGAGGCGUCGAGAGUGACAAGGUCAAUUGUGUGCGCGGGCAGACGAAGGCAUGCGCUGGCAGAAUUUGGGAGCAGGGAAGAAGGGAAGAGUCGGUGGUGGGCCUGUAUGUUAGCCUGGCUGGCAGGUGUCAUGAGGGGCAAGGACGGCGAUCCCGCCGAGCUUCUGCCAGUUUCUAUCUGUGCGAUCCCGUCAUCGUAUCGCCCGGACAUCCACUCACGAGCUCAUCAAAUCUUGACUUCAACCCACCUUGAAUAUACGUAAGUCGCUGCGAUUGAGGCUUUCGGAGAGCAAAGUAUCGGGUUUGGCCAACCUUCCGAUGGUCACCAGCACACCUACAGCUCUAUAUAUAGCCAGAACAAUCGUUUUACAGUAGCGUUGACAUUCCUGUUUCACAGUUC